UCAAAAUGGCUGAGAGAAAGGCYGUUAAUAAGUAUUAUCCUCCUGAUUGGACUCCUAGUAAGGGAUCYAUCAACAAAUAUGUUGGACAGCAUCCAUUGAGAGAGAGAGCAAGGAAACUUGGACAGGGGAUCCUUGUUAUAAGGUUUGAGCUGCCAUAUAAUAUCUGGUGUGGAGGAUGUGGAGCCCAUGUUGGAAUGGGUGUGCGUUAUAAUGCAGAAAAGAAGAAAGUUGGCAACUACUAUUCUACGCCAAUAUACAGAUUCCGCAUGAAAUGCCAUCUCUGUGACAACUACUUUGAGAUUGAAACAGACCCAAAGAACUGUGAUUACAAUGUAGUCAGUGGAGCAAGAAGAAAGAAUGAAAGGUGGGAACCAUCAGCUACGGAAACUGUUGAAACUACAGACAAAGAAGAUGCCAAAAGGAUGGCCAUUGAUGCCAUGUUCAAGCUUGAACAUGGUGUGGAAGACGUCCAGAAAUCCAAGAAAGUUGCACCUGUAAUACAUCAACUACAGGAGGUCCAGUCAGUCUGGAAGGAUGAUUAUUCUGCCAACAAAUUAUUGAGAAAGAAAUUCAGAGAGGAGAAAAAGGCAAUAAAAGAAAUCAAAGAAGCUGACGAUGAAUUAAGAAAGAAAGCAAGCUUAGAUAUUCCUUUAGUACCAGAAGAAAACGAAGAUGUGGAAAAAGCCAAAAAGAUGAAAUUUUACAAUGCUGGCUUUGAUGCUCAYAAAAACAAGAACAGAAAAGAAAUUUCAACGAGAUCUUGGUUCAGCAAGGAAACGUCGAACCUCGCUUCGGAUAAACUUCCCGGAAUCACACUACGGAAKCGAAAAAGAAGUUCAACCGAARAAAAGGAUGAUUGGAAAAAYAGCGUCAUUACUAAAUCCACGAAAACAAAACAKAAUUCGCCUUCAACAGCUAAACUAGGAAUAAAAUUCAAUGAAGAAGAACCAAUAAGCUCAACUUCAAUAACAGYUAAUCCUUCAGUGUCUUCUUUGACGAGCAUGGAUUGUAAUAACAGUGUUAUAUCUGAGAGUUUGGCCAAAAMAACUCGUGAAACAAGCUCCCAACCCUCAGCAUUACCAUCAAAYCAAUCGCUUUCUUUGCUUUCAGCUGUUUAUUCCGACAGUGAAACAUCAGACGAAGACGCAAAUKUGAAAUCCAGUUGAACUUAUUUCGCGCCAAGAUCUAUAUUGCUGAGUAGCGCACCGAAGAUUAAAGACCCAAGGACGGUGUCUGUCUCUGUAAAUUCUUUAAUUAAAUUAUAAGAUGAAUAAAGAUUUUGUACAUUAAAUUAGGUCUGGCAUAGGCAUGUCAUCUAUUAUAACGAGAUAUUUUUGCUAUGUAAACGCUGCUAGCAGAAUCCUCUUCCAUUCUCAGCCAAAAAAGGAGGAGUUGUAUCCAAGGCUCUUCAUCUUUUUACUUCUGAGGAUGGGAGUAAAAAAGUGGCUCUGUUAGCAGAAACGCUCAAUACUUUWGAUUCAGCCAAGCUUUCCUGAGGCCUAUUAAUAUUAUAUGGAAUAACUGCCGAGGAAUUGUGGAGACACGGGAUUUUACUAACCGAAACUGUACGAGUAGUGGCAGUUAUCUUCUCRUUGUGAACUUUCCCGCGUCGAAACAAUUCCUUCUUCAUAUGYCUUCUAAAAGGCUUGUUAAAAGCGUUGAAUAUUAUGGGAUUAAUGGCGCUGCUCAAAUACGCUGUGUAAGUAAAAAUCAUCUCRGCAUGUCGAGGGAGGUCUACRUAUACCGAUAGGAGAACCACUAUAGAACAUGGAAUCCAACAUAAGACAAAACCACAUACAAURGCAAGGACAGWYUUAGUGAURCUGAUCUCUUCAUUGCUUAAGGUGUUGKUGGAAUUGAURCUCGAGGAUACUGUCGCCUUGUGAGUYUUCACUGUUUUGUACACCUUCCAGUAACACACAGCUGUCAAAGACAUCGGUAAYAACAAAAACACAAGUAGYGAAGCGAUCGAGAACACCUGRUUCGUAGUUUUAUUUUUCGGAGUUAACGCGUGGAUUAGCCGUCCUGGGGAGWAGGCCAUUUUCGAYAAGCCACUAGCGUUUAUUCCCACAGUGUUCAAGAUGGCUAAAAUCCAUACAAUAACGAUGGUUAUAAUAACYAAGUUUGGUUUAAAAUACUUUCUAUAAAUUUUCCUUUUAACAACACAGAAGAACCGGUUCACCGCAAUUAGUGAMGUAGUCUGAAGUGAUCCGAAAACAAGGGUAUAGCCAGUAACUCCAACCACUGGUCCGAUUGGUUUUCCGACGACAUCCCGACCAUACGAACACGUUACGAUCGUUGACGGCAUUACGAGGACUGCCAUGAGUAUAUCAGAAAUAGCUAAUGUAAUGAUGUAGUAGCUUGUAACUGGGCGCCGUAGACUUGGCAUUUUGUAGAAYACGUACAAAACACAUGUGUUACCAAGGAGAGCUAYUAGUGCUAUGAUGACCAACAGACCYGUCUCGAUAACGACCAGGGACAGUKGUCGGUUYGCCAGCUCGUGCGACAGUUUGUUUGUGUGUUCUUGCCCAGGAUUCAUCAUUUUUUUAUGGUUCUGUAGAAAGAAAACAGUGGUUUUCUAAACUGAAAAAAA